AUGGACUUCCGGGCAAGGAAAAAGUCCUAUUCGGACCUCGAGGCUAUCAUCAUCCCCGACGAGACCCCUAGUGAGCCCAGCCAGAGCUCAACCACUGCCGCGACGGCACCAGUCCGCCAGUCAUACUGGAACGAGAAAUUCGCCAUCUCCGACGACAGCAGCACAAACAACAACGCCAACCCUUUCUCAGACGACAAAGCCCUGGGGUUCUCCCCAGUUGACAGCCCUCAAGUAGGACCGCCCGCAUAUUACCUGGUCGACUCAAAGGGCCAAGCACAGGCAUUAUAUGCCGCGCCAACCAACGAUGCGAAAGGAGACCGAGCGUCCACCGCCGGUUCCCUUGGAGGAAUAGGAGGGGCGGGAAUACUUGGCAGCGCGAACGGUCCCGCGGAACGGAAAACACUGUUUGGGCUGCGGAGGAGUACCUUUUACGCGUUGACGGCGGGGAUCGCCUUGCUCAUCAUUGGCCUCCUCGUGACACUCCUCGCCGUUACGGCGCCAUGGAGCAAACCCUCGGCCUCGGACGAUGACGGGGACUCGAGAUCCUCCGAGGCAGGCAUCCUCAUGCCCGAGUCGAGGCUGGCCGCCAUGAACUGGACCGACCCCACCGGCACGACUUACACGGGCGUCUUCUACCAGAGCUCCAACGCAACGGGGAGCAGCAUCAUGGCCGCCAUCCGGCCCUCGACGGUCGACUCGUGGAUGUCCAUCAACGUGAGCGCGUCUGCCGGCCCGGCCGGGCUGGACGUGCUGGACGGCACACCCCUCGCCGUGGCGAACAACAACGGCCUCUGGAACCUGUACUACCUGACAUCGGACCGCAGGGUCGCGGAAUUGUACUCGCUCAAGCCGGCAUCGCCCUCGGGCUGGCUGCAGGGCGGGAUGGGCGCGAACCUGGGCAACCCGCAGGCAGCGCCGGGCUCCGGGCUCGCGGCCCUGUGGCAGAACUGCGAAAACUGCACCAACAGCCUGCUGGUGCUGUACCAGGACGCGGCGACCGGCCAUGUGCAGAUGGCCAACAUGACGGACCUGGUCUGGGCCAUGGGCGACGUCGUCAGCACGAGCGCCGCGCCCGGCACGGGGCUCGCCAUCUCAGCGUUCGUCGACCUCGGCGGCACCGGACCAACCAAGACAGACCCGAACGCCAUGCGCAUGUACUAUGCCGACGGCGGCGGCCUCAUCGAGAAGCUGAGCGGCCCGUCGACAGACUUUAGGUUGGAGACGGGUAACUUUGGAAACCAAAUCACCUCGAACCUCGCCGUCAACCCGCCCCCGGAGAUCGCCUCCCUCACAUUUGGAACCAAUGGGUGGACAAACAACAUUGUCCUGACCCUCGACCAGACCACUGGCGCGCUGCAGUCGUCCGUCUACCGCGGGAGCGACUGGGUCGUGCAGGCGGCUUCGCUGGACGGCAGCCCGGACGACGUGGUGGAAGAAGGAUUCUCAGCUGUCGCGGUGACGCAGACGAUGAAGAUGUUUGCUAUUAGCAGGGUCAAUGGGAAGAUAAAUGAGUUCGAGACCAACUCCUCGAAUCCGUUCCAAUGGGAGUGGCAGGGCGUAGUAGACGUCCCAGCGGCCGAGCGUGAUAACGAGGAUUGA